AGAUCUCUCUCUCCCCCUCUCGUGCCACCAACUAACAUUUUCCUCUCCAACUUCACACCGUAGCCAUGUCAACCGCCGCUUCUUCCUCCAUCUCCAUCUCCCUCGCCACCAACCCCCUCAAAAACUUCUCCCUCUCUUCAAGAUCCUCUCUCCCCUCAGCCUCCUCCAUCUCCUUCCCUUCCCGCAACAACAACCGCAGACUCAUCCUCGUCUCCUGCACAACAGGAGACGGAUCCAAACCAACCAUCCUCGUCGCCGAGAAGCUCGGCGACGCAGGUGUGAAGCUUUUAGAGGAUUUCGGGAACGUGGACUGUUCUUACAACAUGACAUACGAGGAGCUCAACACCAAGAUCUCUCUCUGUGAUGCGUUGAUCGUUAGGAGUGGGACUAAAGUGGGACGUGAGGUUUUUGAGUCGUCUCGUGGACGUCUCAAGGUUGUUGGACGUGCUGGUGUUGGGAUUGAUAACGUGGAUCUUAAAGCAGCUACGGAGUUUGGUUGUCUUGUGGUGAACGCUCCCACGGCAAAUACCAUCGCUGCUGCUGAGCAUGGGAUCGCGCUUUUGGCUGCCAUGGCUAGGAACGUUGCUCAAGCUGAUGAGUCUGUUAAGGCUGGGGAGUGGAAGAGGAACAAGUAUGUUGGUGUUUCACUUGUGGGCAAGACUCUUGCUGUAUUAGGAUUCGGGAAAGUUGGCACAGAAGUUGCUCGUCGUGCCAAAGGUCUUGGCAUGCGCGUCAUCGCUCACGAUCCCUACGCGCCAGCAGACCGCGCACAAGCCAUCGGUGUUGAGCUAGUAGGCUUCGGUGAAGCCCUCGCCACCGCGGAUUUCAUUUCACUCCACAUGCCUCUCACUCCAGCAACGUCCAAGAUACUCAACGACGAGACCUUCGCCAAGAUGAAGAAAGGAGUUCGUAUUGUGAACGUUGCGCGUGGAGGUGUGAUAGAUGAAGAUGCUUUAGUGAGGGCUCUUGAUGCUGGUAUUGUUGCUCAAGCUGCUCUUGAUGUUUUCACUGAAGAGCCACCGGCUGAGGAUAGUCCUCUAGUGCAGCAUGAGAGGGUUACUGUGACACCUCAUCUUGGAGCUAGUACUAUGGAGGCUCAGGAAGGAGUUGCCAUUGAAAUUGCUGAAGCUGUUGUUGGAGCUUUGAAUGGAGAGCUUGCUGCUACUGCAGUCAAUGCACCUAUGGUUUCUGCUGAGGUUCUGACAGAGCUGAAACCGUAUGUGAUACUAGCUGAGAAGUUAGGGAGACUAGCGGUGCAACUAGUGGCUGGAGGAAGCGGCGUUAAAAACGUGAAAGUCUCAUACACGUCAUCACGUGCCACUGACGAUCUAGACACAAGACUUCUACGAGCCAUGAUCACAAAGGGAAUCAUAGAGCCAAUCUCUGACGUAUACGUUAACUUAGUCAACGCAGAUUUCACAGCCAAGCAGAGAGGUUUAAGACUCUCGGAGGAACGUGUGCACUUGGACGGGUCACCAGAGAACCCCUUGGAGACUAUAACUGUGAAGCUAGGAAACGUGGAGUCGAAAUUCGCGAGUUCCUUGUCUGAAUCAGGAGAGGUCAAAGUGGAAGGAAAGGUUAAAGAUGGUGUCCCGCAUUUGACUAAGGUUGGAUCGUUUGAAGUGGAUGUGACUCUUGAAGGUAGUAUCAUACUGUGCAGGCAGGUGGAUCAACCAGGUAUGAUAGGGACUGUUGGCAGCAUUCUUGGAGAGUCUAACGUUAAUGUUAAUUUCAUGAGUGUUGGAAGAAUCGCACCGAGGAAGCAAGCGAUUAUGGCGAUUGGUGUAGAUGAUCAGCCGAGCAGGGAGACUCUUAAGAAGAUUGGGGAGAUUCCAGCGGUUGAGGAGUUUGUUUUCCUCAAGCUCUAGUUUGGUUUGUUAUUUUUGAUUAUUUGAAUGUGAGGAUUUGAUGUUGGAGGAUUUUUCGUUUGUUGGGUUUAGGCAAUAAUGUUUUAUGUUUGCUUUCUUACAGUUUUGGUAACGUUUGAGACUUGAGAGUCUCUCUUUGAUGUUUUCAACUUAAUGGUUCAUUUUACGAAUGUUUAUUUUUUCUCUGGGUUACAAGUUUUUCUGAUUAAUUUGAAAAAUCAUUCGUCCGAGAGAGAAUGUGAAAU